CUUUUCGCCGUGCUCUUCCACAUACCGAAAGCACUUCCACUCCCACCGUCUCAUAUCGAUACCGAUAGGCUCUAUGAUAGCCCCUCUCCCCGUCUCCAGUACAAGAGGAGCACCCGGUCUGCAACAUGCUGCGUGCAUGUCAAAGCUCGUCCAUAAUACUCCUGCCAUAGCCCGUCACCAUCUGCCAACUUCAUCCCGCGACAGUCAGCCGUAGACAAUGGCCAUCGCAACGAUGACUCCCGCAGUUGACCUGCGCCCCGGCGCGCCGGUGAAGAAGAAGCCGUUGCAGGUUUUCAACUUGGCUAUCGGGGCUGCGCUGAACAUCUUCGAGGUUUCGACGUUGGGACAGCCAUUUGAGGUCAUCAAAACCCACAUGGCCGCCAAUCGCGGCGACACGAUGCCGCAAGCCAUCGCAAAGACCUGGAAACGGGGUGGAGGCCCGCUGGGAUUCUACCAGGGCCUGAUCCCGUGGGCAUGGCUUGAAGCAUCGACGAAGGGCGCUGUGUUGAUGUUUGCUGCGUCGGAAGUGGAGUAUUUGUGCAGGAAAGGUGGGGCGGGGCCGGCUUGGGCAGGCGUUUUAGGGGGGAUGGCUGGUGGGAUUACGCAGGCAUACACAACAAUGGGAGUCUGCACCUUCAUGAAGACCGUCGAAGUAACCCGUCACAAAGCCGCCGGCAGCGGUCCUGCCAAAUCCACCAUCCAAGUCGCCCGCGACAUCUUUGCCAAAGAAGGCAUCCGCGGGAUCAACAAGGGCGUCAACGCCGUCGCCGUCCGCCAAUGUACCAACUGGGGGUCCCGGUUCGGGCUCUCCCGCGUCGCCGAGAACGGGAUCCGUAAAGCCACGGGCAAUGAGGACCGUCCGCUGUCGCCGUACCAGCGCAUUUUGGCGUCGGCGAUUGGUGGGGGCAUGAGCUGCUGGAACCAGCCGAUUGAGGUUAUUAGGGUCGAGAUGCAGAGUCAGGUUCAGGCUGCUGGUCGACCGACGAAGAUGACGAUUGGAGCAGCUGCGAAGUGGAUUUACCAGCAGAAUGGGUUCAAGGGAUUCUACAGGGGCGUUGUGCCACGAGUUGGAUUGGGAGUUUGGCAAACCGUCUGCAUGGUCUUUGGCGGUGACUCCGUCAAGGCCUACUUUGCUGCCAAGGCCAAACAUUAAAUCCUCCACUAUCUGGCAUCUCAGUUCAUACGCACCCCCUGCA